AUGGCAUCUGUUAAAGAGCUGCUCGUGAACUCACUGAAGGAUCUAGUAAAAGCUGAUCUGAGGGAGUUUCAGUGGCACUUGAAGAAUCAUGAGUGUGUUUCAGCUUCUGCGAUGGACAAAGCAGAUGUCUUAGACACAGUGGAUAAGAUGGUGGCAUGUUUUGGAGCAGAAGAAGCUGUGAAGAUCACGGUGAACAUCCUGAAGAAGAUGAACCAGAACCUUCUGGCUGAAGAGUUAGAGAACGAACACAAGCAAGGCUCAACUGCAGAGGAUAGUAAAGCUGGUAUUCCUGAUUAUGGAGAGAUCAGCCUCAGACUGAAGAACAGAUUACAAGAGGACUAUAAGCGGAUAUUGGUUGGUAAUUCACAAACAGGUCAUCAGAAAUAUCUGAAUGAUAUUUACACUGAUCUAUUCGUGGUGGAGAAUGAGACUGGAGGAAUAGUGAGUGACCACGAGGUGAGACAGAUUGAAUUGAAUAUUCACCAAAUUACUGUGAAGGACACCACAAUCUUGUGCAAUGACCUAUUCAAAGUCCAGUAUGAUACUGGUCGGCAAAAUAAAAAAGUACUAACAAUGGGGAUUGCAGGGGUGGGAAAGACAGUCUCUGUCAAUAAAUUCAUUCUUGACUGGGCUGAAGAAAGAGAAAAUCAAGACAUACUCUUCAUAUUUCCACUCCCAUUCCGUAGACUGAAUAUGAUUACAAAGAACUGCAGUCUCAUGGAACUGGUUAACGAAUGCUUCUUUAGUGAUCCUGAAGAACUGCCCUCUCUUCCUGAAGAUGACGGUAAGGUCAUGUUUAUUUUUGAUGGGCUGGAUGAGUGUCACUUCCCUUUGAGAUUUCAUGAUAGUGAUGGAUUUACAGAUGUGCAUGAACAAACAACAGUGAGUAAGAUAGUUACAAACCUGAUCAAAAGGCAUCUGGUUCCCUCUGCUCUCAUCUGGAUCACGUCCAGACCAGCAGCAGCAGGUCUGAUACCCCGAGACUACAUUGAUCAAGUGACAGAAGUGCGAGGAUUUAAUGAUGAGCAGAAAGAGCAAUACUUCAUCAAAAACAGCAGUCCUGAGGUAGCUGGAAACAUCAUCCGUCACAUCAGGAAAUCCAGGAGUCUCUACAUCAUGUGCCACAUCCCUGUCUUCUGCUGGAUCUCUCUUACUGUUCUUCAGCCUCUGCUGGCUCGAGGGAGCAAUGGCAAAACUCCCACAACUCUCACAGAGAUGUACACAAACUUCUUGCUUUCUCAGAAGGUUCAGAUGGAAAAAAAAUACAGUGAUAAUCCUGAACUUAAGUUCAAAGCCAGGUCUUUUGAUCAGAUUGUUCUAAAGCUUGGGAAAUUGGCCUUUCAACAGCUGGAGAAAGGAAAUCUGAUUUUCUACAAAGAAGAUCUUGAGGAGUGCGGACUAGAUGUCAGUGAAGGGUCAGUGUUAUCUGGGUUAUGCACUCAGAUCUUUCAGACGGAAAAGGUUGUUUCAGCCAGAAACAUUUACAGCUUUGUACAUCUCAGUGUCCAGGAGUUCCUUGCUGCUCUCUAUGUGUUUCUGAUUUACAAAGAUGAGAAAUCAAACCUAUUUCUUCAAACCUGGAGAAAGACACUAUCAUGGAAACUGUCUAAUAAGCAGCUGUUUCAUCUUCUGAAGUCUGCAGUCAACAAGGCUUUACAAAGCAAGAACGGACACCUGGACCUUUUCCUCCGGUUCCUGCUGGGUCUCUCACUGGAGUCCAAUCAGAGUGACCUGAAGGAACUGCUGCCAGAACUGAAACUGAGUACCGCGAACAUUAAAGACAUCGUUGACUAUAUCAAACAGACAAUAGAGAAGGAGAAAUCAGUGGAGAGGACCAUCAACCUGUUCUACUGUCUGAGUGAACUGAAAUAUGACUUUGUCAAGGACAUUCAGAAGAAUCUGAGCUCAGGAAAUCUUUCGGCACAGAAUCUCUCCUCUGCUCAGUGGUCGGCUCUGGUGUUUGUGCUACUGAUGUCAGAAGUGACUCAAGAUAAGUUGGAACUGCAGAAAUACAAAAGAUCUGAAGAAGCACUGAUGAGAAUGCUGCCCGUGAUCACAAACACCAGAAGGGCACUGUAA